CCGGCCUUCACUGAGGUACGGCUGGUAGGUGCAGCCAAUGGCGCAAUCUCAUUGCUCGAUAACAUAAGUUUCACGCGUUCUUUCUCCUACGUGCUACUCAGACCACCUAGCUUGCAAAAAUGGCGGCCAGCGUGGAUGCCAAGCUCCUAAGGCAGACGAAGUUCCCUCCCGAAUUCAGUCGGAAGGUGGACAUGACUAAGGUCAAUAUUGAGGUUAUGAAGAAAUGGAUUGCCGGAAAGAUAUCGGAGAUCCUGGGAAAUGAAGAUGAUGUCGUGAUCGAGCUUUGUUUCAACCUUCUUGAAGGGUCUCGAUUUCCCGAUGUCAAGUCCUUGCAGAUUCAACUUACGGGGUUCUUGGAUAAGGAUACUGCGAAAUUUUGCAAGGAGCUUUGGUCACUAUGCCUUAGUGCCCAGGAAAAUCCUCAGGGCGUCCCGAAGGAGCUUCUAGAGGCUAAGAAACUCGAACUUAUACAGGAGAAGAUCGAAGCCGAAAAAGCAGCUGAGGAAGCUCGUCGACAGAAGGAACAAGAACGGGUCCGAGAACGAGAACUGGAAGAACUCAGGCGGAGGGAACGAUCUGAGCGAGGCAGAGGUGGAAGGCGUGGUGGUGGCCGCGGAGGUCGAGGGGACUUUGACAGACGUCGUAGCCGUGAACGUUUCCAGGACCGGCCUGCACGACGAGAGUUUGACUCCUAUGUUCCUUCGGGUCCACGCAGGAAUCGUCGUCCCUCUAGAUCACCAAACCGCUCUCGUUCUCCCUCCGCGUCUCGGUCACCACCCCCGCGUCGCGAACGCCAGCCAAGCAGGGACAGAAACAGGCGUCGCCGAUCGCCUAGCAGCUCUGUAUCUCCAGACAGGGACAGGAAGCCGAGGAGACGUAGUCCUGAUUACGGUGAUCGAGCUAGAUCCAUUUCCCGCAAUGAUUCAUCGCGCUCACGUACUCCCAGAAGAGACCGACGGAGACGGAGAUCCGUUUCUUCCCGCAGUUCAUCCCGUUCACCUGCUCCCAGGGACCGGCGCAGAAAAGAUUCUUAUUCAAGAUCUCGUUCUAGGUCGCGUGGGCCUGACGAAAGGAGCGCCAGACGGAGAAGAUCUUCGCCUUACACUUCACGAGCUGAUAAGAAAGAAUCAACCGCUGAUUUUGCAAAGGCCCGCAAGAACCGCGACGAUCACCGCUUGAGUCGCAGCAGAGAUCGCGAUCAUGACCGCAGACGUAGGUACUCAAGGAGUAUCAGUCGCAGCCGUAGUCGCAGCCGAGGCCGAGGCCAUUCUCGCAGCUCCAGUGCCAGUCCGAGACGCCACGAUUCCCGCAGUCGCAGUCGUAGCCACAACAGGGAAAAGAAGAGACGCCGCUCUAUCCAAAGAUAUGCUCCUGCCGCCCGAAGACGGCGUAACACCUCUUCUGUAUCCGUCCGUAGUGAGAAGCGCCAGAGAAUGACUGAUCAGGAAGACAACGCCGCAAAGCGGUCGUCACCACCACCUGAGAAGCCUAAUUCAUCAGAUCACGAGAUGAAGGAUCCUGAAGAGACAAUCCGCUCCGUCAGACCUCGUGCACAUAUAUCCAAGACCGAAUUACGCGAGAAACUUCUACGUGAAAAGAUCGUUGCAAUGCGUCGGACUGCCUUUAGCGACAAGGUAGGUAACCAUUCGUGACACCUGAAGUGAGUUAAAGGAUAGGAGGGAACUUGGAAUUCAUGAAAUGAAUGACCAUCUACACGCGCUUCAAAAAGAAAAAAAAGUAGUAGCGAACUCCCCCGCAAAAAAAGAGAAUAAAGAAAAUGAGAGGUGAGGGAGGUACGCGAAUAUCGCCCUUCUACUUCCC